CGCUGCCCCCACCGCCACCCGCCAGCCCAGCAUGGAUUCCCUCUCCAGUAGUACAUCCACGUCUCAUUCAGAGCAUUCGGCGCGGACAAAAUCUGCUUCUGUUGUCUCGUCAGAUUCCAUUUCCACCUCCACAGAGAACUAUUCCCCAGAUUUAAGGGUCCUCAGAGAAUCGAAUAAAUUGGCUGAAAUGGAGGAGCCCCCUUUGCUACCAGGAGAAACCAUUAAGGACAUGGCAAAAGAUGUUACUCAUAUCUGCCCAUUUACUGGAGCUAUUAGAGGAACCUUGACAGUGACAAAUUACAGACUGUAUUUUAAAAGCAUGGAAAGGGAUCCUCCGUUUGUUCUCGACGCCCCUCUAGGAGUGAUCAACCGUGUAGAGAAAAUUGGAGGCGCUUCUAGCCGCGGCGAAAAUUCUUACGGGCUUGAGAUUGUGUGCAAGGACGUUCGAAACCUGAGAUUCGCUCAUCGCCCCGAGGGCCGCACCAGAAGGUCCAUAUUUGAAAACUUAAUGAAAUAUGCCUUUCCAGUAUCAAACCAUUUGUCCCUUUUUGCAUUUGAAUACAAAGAAGUUUUCCCAGAAAAUGGUUGGAAGGUUUACGAUCCUAUUUUGGAGUAUAGAAGACAGGGUAUCCCUAAUGAAAGUUGGAGACUGACAAAGGUGAAUGAGCGUUGCGAACUUUGCGACACCUAUCCUGCCCUCUUAGCCGUUCCCGCCAAUAUUCCUGAUGAGGAACUGAAGAGAGUGGCGGCAUUCCGAUCUAGAGGGCGCCUACCUGUUUUGUCCUGGAUUCACCCGGAAAGCCAGGCUACGAUCACGCGCUGCAGCCAGCCGAUGGUUGGCGUGAGUGGCAAGAGAAGCAAAGAAGAUGAGAAGUACUUGCAGGCAAUCAUGGACUCCAACGCUCAGUCUCACAAGAUCUUCAUCUUCGAUGCCAGGCCAAGUGUGAAUGCUGUAGCCAAUAAGGCCAAAGGAGGUGGUUAUGAAAGUGAAGAUGCCUAUCAGAAUGCGGAAUUGGUCUUCCUGGACAUCCAUAAUAUCCAUGUCAUGAGAGAAUCGCUGAGGAAACUCAAGGAGAUUGUAUAUCCCACCAUCGAAGAGUUGCACUGGCUGUCUAAUUUGGAAUCCACUCACUGGCUAGAACAUAUCAAGCUCAUUCUCGCGGGGGCCCUUCGGAUCGCCGACAAGGUAGAAUCAGGAAAGACCUCGGUAGUGGUGCACUGCAGCGACGGCUGGGAUCGGACCGCUCAGCUCACGUCUCUGGCUAUGCUCAUGUUGGAUGGCUACUACCGGACGAUACGAGGUUUCGAGGUCCUUGUGGAGAAGGAAUGGCUGAGCUUUGGGCACAGAUUCCAGCUGAGGUUGGGCCAUGGAGAUAAAAAUCACGCGGAUGCAGACCGCUCUCCUGUCUUUCUCCAGUUUAUCGACAGUGUCUGGCAAAUGACAAGACAGUUCCCCACGGCGUUUGAAUUCAACGAGUGCUUUCUGAUCACCGUGCUGGACCACCUCUACAGCUGUUUGUUUGGGACAUUCCUGUGUAAUAGCGAGCAGCAGAGGGUGAAAGAGGGCCUGCCAAACAAGACCGUGUCCCUGUGGUCCUACAUCAACAGCCAACUCGAAGACUUCACCAACCCGCUGUAUGCCAGCUACACCAACCACGUCUUGUAUCCUGUGGCCAGCAUGCGCCACCUAGAGCUUUGGGUGGGCUAUUACAUCCGGUGGAAUCCGCGGAUGAAACCGCAGGAGCCAGUGCACCAUCGUUACAAGGAACUUCUGGCAAAACGGACAGAGCUCCAGAAGAAGGUGGAAGAGCUUCAGCGGGAAAUCACCAACCGGUCCACCUCGUCCUCCGAGAGAGCAGGCUCUCCUGCUCAAUGUGUCACUCCGGUCCAGACUGUUGUGUAGCAGGCCCUUUCGCUCAAUGCUCUCCGGGCCCCGUCCACAAGAGGCAGCUUAUAUUUUGGAGGAGGAGGAGAUACGUAAAUCUCUGAAGCCGGAAGGCAGCUUCUCAGAGUCAAAAACAGCUUAUUUAUUAUGCUACAUCCCUCUAGGGCAUUGUUCUUAGUAUUAUAACACUAUCAAGAUUUUUUUUCUUUCUUUUUUUUUAAAGGCCUCUUAUAAUGAGCCCCCAAGAAAAUUAACUUUUAUAAGGAAGCGAUCUGCCCCAGCUCCCGAGGCAUAGCAAAAGUGUUUGUUCGCUUAGCUCAAUAUGUUCGGAGGUCAUUCUUGGUGUGGAACUGAGUUGCAAGCCGUUGUGCCAACGUCAGACAAAUGGACCUGGAUGCAAAGGGCUCUGUGGGUAUCUAGUGGGUCUGCUCCUGUUCCCACUCCCACCUGUCAACAAGCUGCUCCUGUAAACAGUUACGUGGGCUGCAGCGCAGCACAAAGAUCUAAAGUCUGCAGGGAGGAAAAACAUUAAGCCUUCUUGGCAAGUGUAUGCAAGCACUUAUGUACCCCUAAGGAGUUCUUCGGAUCCGAAGCCACUGCCAAUGGACAGAACCGCUUCCGAACAGGAAAGAUCAAGACCAUCCACUUUGUCAUGUUAAGUGCUUAAGGAAGGUUAAGGCAAGUUUCAGAAUCAGCCAUCUUACAAGGCUUGUCCCUCACUUAGAGUGGCACAUGCGGGGCUUUUUUUGUAGCAGGAGCUCCUUUGCAUAUUAGGCCACACACCCCUGAGGUAGCCGAUCCUCCGAGAGCUUACAGGGCUCUUAGGCUACUGUAAGUUCUUGGAGGAUUGGCUACCUCAGGGGGUGGGGCCUAAUAUGCAAAGGAGUUCCUGCUACAAAAAUAAAAAGCCCUGGGUCCAUGUGACAUCAGCAUCCUAGGUGUGAAACUAACACCACUUCAGUGUCAGCACAGGGCACGAUCCAUCUAAAGGUGGUGCUAAGUGCUGUGCAUGCAUCAUGUUUCUGAGGAAUUAUUUUUUUCUGAAAACAGGAAAGCAAUGCGGACAGCGGGUUCAUGAGAGAAACCAGAUCCUUUCCUGGCCUGCAGUAUCAAGGGCUAGCAACGGCACUUGCACGUUAUCCACUGCAAAAGAGACUCUUCUCACACUCGGACUGCUCUCCAUACACUGUUUUCCAGUCACCAGUAGAGUGGUUGCACGUUUGGUAUCAACGAGGAUAGGUACAGUUAGCUGGAGGUCUCAGUGUACACACAGCUAACCAUGCCCAAUGCUAACAAAAUACAUUAUUUAAUAAGAGUUGAAAUGUAUUCUUAUGGAAGAGAGCAAGGUUCCUGCAUUGCUUCUCAUUUUCCCUUUCUUUUGGACCCAGCAGAUACAUCAUAACAGCGAUUAUCAGUCAUCAUUAUGACACAAAUAUCAACACUAGCCUGUGGGGGCGGCAUCAAUACAGACUUCUCAUUCUGCCUUUGCCCCUACCUGGAAUCUUUCAUUCUGCAGCUACCUGGAAUCUGUCAUUUCUGCCUUAGAUUUGCAGCUGAUGGCAAAGUCGCUAUAAAGCCUGUUGGGGCACAUGAAAUGG